AUGGUUAGCCAGUCCGGAGUCCGUGAUAAUCGACCGGGCAUGGAAGAGCACCUCUUCCUCACCGCAACUCUUAGUGCAGUUGACAAGGUUGCAUUAGGGACAGUGGCGCUCUAUGGAUUGAGGGAAGACCUUAAACUUAAAGGCCAGGAGAUUGCCUGGGCGGGAUCGAUUCUUCCUAUCGGCGGAAUUGUUGGCAUGUGGCCGUCGUCGUUUCUCGUCCAGAGCUUCCCACCUGCGAAAUACCUCUGCGCAUGUUUUAUAGGUUGGUCUCUGAUCGCAUUAUUAAUACCAGUGUGCAAAACCUCUAGUGGCCUUCUGUCCCUGAGGUUUUCGAUGGGUGAGUCUGGCCAUUAUUUAUCCCUUAUGUCGCAGAUUAACAUUCCUCACCCAACUCUUCGUCUGUGUCCUAGAAGCGAUCAUAGUCCCCGGCAUCUCACUCAUAAUUGCAGGGUUAUACAAGAAGGAAGAGAAGCCUCCCGAAAUUCCCUGGUGUUUGCCGCUGCCAGCUCCGUCAUCAACGGAUUCCUUUCAUGGGUUGUGGGCCAUACUCCAGACUCUGCCCGUUUAGCGAAGUGGCAGUUCCUGUUCCUCAUUACAGGUUCAGUCUCUAUGGCAUGGUCGCUGUUUGCCUUUGUUGCCAUUCCAGAUUCUCCCAUGACGGCCUCCUUCGUGAACGACGAGGAGAAAUACCACGCAGUCCAUCGUUUGGCAUAUAACAGAACAGGAAUAGUUAACAAGCAUUGGAAAUGGGGCCAGGCAAUCGAAGCAAUCAGCGACCCGAAAACAUGGCUAAUCUUCUUUUUCAACGUCGGAGUGAACGAUCCCAACGGAGGCCUCAUCACGUUUGGCAGCGUCACUAUUAAGAAUCUAGCCGUCUCAGCAGUCACCAGCUCACUUCUCAACAUGCCGACAGGAGUGAUGUCAACUCUGUCUGCCUUCGUAUUCUCGACGUUGGCUGCCAGACGGGUCAACCACCGGUGUUUGGUGACGACUCUUGCAUGCUGCAUAACGAUUGCAGCAUCGAUUAUGGUCUACUCGAUUGGAGAAACAACAUUGCCGGCCAGAUGA